UCUUAUUUAAGGGGCUCAUCUCAGCCCCAGUCCUUGUCCCAGUGGAAGCAUCCAUCUACGAGUGCACCUUGACCAACUCAGACCACUCCAGUGAAGCCUAAUCAUGUGUGACGACGACGAGACUACCGCCCUUGUGUGCGACAACGGCUCAGGCUUGGUCAAGGCUGGAUUUGCCGGAGAUGACGCUCCCCGUGCUGUCUUCCCUUCCAUCGUUGGAAGGCCCCGCCACCAGGGUGUGAUGGUGGGUAUGGGUCAGAAGGACAGCUAUGUAGGUGAUGAGGCCCAGAGCAAGAGAGGUAUCCUGACCCUCAAGUACCCCAUCGAGCACGGCAUCAUCACCAACUGGGAUGAUAUGGAAAAGAUCUGGCACCACACCUUCUACAAUGAGCUGCGUGUGGCCCCCGAGGAGCACCCCACCCUGCUCACUGAAGCCCCUCUGAACCCCAAGGCCAACAGGGAAAAGAUGACACAGAUCAUGUUUGAGACCUUCAACGUCCCCGCCAUGUAUGUGGCCAUCCAAGCUGUUCUGUCCCUUUACGCCUCCGGCCGUACCACCGGUAUUGUGCUGGACUCUGGUGAUGGUGUGACCCACAAUGUCCCGAUCUAUGAAGGAUAUGCUCUGCCUCACGCUAUCAUGCGUCUGGAUCUGGCUGGUCGUGACCUCACUGACUACCUGAUGAAGAUCCUGACUGAGCGCGGCUACUCCUUUGUCACGACUGCUGAGCGUGAGAUCGUGCGUGACAUCAAGGAGAAGUUGUGCUACGUGGCUCUCGACUUUGAGAAUGAGAUGGCCACCGCUGCCUCCUCCUCCUCCCUGGAAAAGAGCUACGAGCUGCCUGACGGACAAGUCAUCACCAUUGGUAAUGAGCGUUUCCGUUGCCCCGAGACCCUGUUCCAGCCCUCUUUCAUUGGUGAGUCUCUAUCCUUUGUUUCCAUUCUCUUUUUUUCGUGUUUGCAGCAACUCAUGCGUUGUGCUUGUCACCUAUCAGGUAUGGAGUCAGCUGGUAUCCAUGAGACGGCCUACAACAGCAUCAUGAAAUGUGACAUUGACAUCCGUAAGGACCUUUAUGCCAACAAUGUGCUGUCUGGUGGUACCACCAUGUAUCCUGGUAUUGCUGACCGUAUGCAGAAGGAGAUUACAGCUCUGGCCCCAAGCACCAUGAAGAUCAAGAUCAUCGCCCCACCUGAGAGGAAGUACUCCGUUUGGAUCGGUGGCUCCAUCCUGGCUUCCCUGUCCACCUUCCAGCAGAUGUGGAUCAGCAAGCAGGAAUACGAUGAGGCAGGCCCUUCCAUUGUCCACAGGAAAUGCUUCUAAACACACAACCAACCUCAUUCUUCUUGGAUUUGUCCAUUGUUGUCUCCUGUAUAUACAUGAUCUGUUGUAAUAAAACUAAGCCCUUGUGAGA